AUGAUAAACGGUAAGAUCAAUGAUGACGGUAGGGAAAGCAAUAUAAAACAUGAGCAUUCGGAUGAAUACAGAGAUCCGCCGCCGACCAUACAGCCGGAUUCGAGGGAUAUACUUCAAUUGAGGCAUAUGCGCUUACCAGGGCCUGGAGCCCUCAUGGGGCUUGGCGACCAACGAAUUCAUCGGCCUGGCUUAGGUCAGCACUCACCUGAUGGAAGUGACUUAGAUAAUUACGCCUACAGGCCCGAAACAGAUCCACUGUCGAAUUCAACAGUAGGUUUCAGGGGCGACCCAAUAUAG